CGUCUUACACACAUACAUGCCCAUUCCAACAACAAAACGUCAAUGUCAACAUAUCAACUACAAAUAAAGAAGAUGAAGCUACAACUGGCAGUUCUCUUCAUAUCUGCAUUGUUGAGAGAGUCUAUAGCAAUGCCAGCUGUUGACCACUGCCUGAUAAAGUUUGAGGACUCACUCAAGGAGACUAUGGCUCUCAGAAGAAGCUGCGAGGAAGCUAACCUUAAAGACUGCUGCCAAAUUGCAGAAGCAUCCAAGAUAAUUGAUAAUGACAACUACACUCCAGGAUCGGGAAUCUACGAUAUCAGUAAUGUUUGUCGAAGUACAGCAGCCUUCACUCAAGACAUCUUCCCCUCUAUGCAAGCUCGAUGCAACAUGGAGAGUGGUGAUGGUGGAUGGACAGUGCUAGUGAAGAGGACACCAGACGUUGAUGAGAGAGUUUCAUUCAAAAGGCCUUGGGUGGAAUAUGAAAAUGGAUUCGGGAACCUGAGUGGCGAGUUCUGGUACGGACUAAAGAACAUGCACUGUCUUACGAGUCGAGAGCCAAUGGAGGUCGAGGUUGAAGUCAGCAAAACCGACGGCACAAAACUAGUUCUUUCGUAUGGUAACUUUCGAGUGGAUGGACCUAGUACAAGCUACACCCUGCAUGUGUCAGACAAACAAGAUGAAGGUUUUGAUUUCUCUCAACAUCAUAAUGGAAUUAAGUUCUCCACACUUGAUCGAGAUAAUGACCAAAAUCCCGGUAGUUGUUCAGCAAUAUACAACAAGGUGGGGAACUGGUUUAAUAAUUGCUACACCAUGCAUCUCACUGGCAUGCCCAAUCCCAUACUUAGUAGUGUCUAUGACUAUGCUGAACUACGAGUACGUCCCAAAGGCUGUGCAGCUUUCGGAGACGAGCCUGACAGUUGUGAGUAAGAAAAAAGGAGAGCCGAACUUGAUAUAUUAUGUACGUAUACUAUGAAUCACACCAAAAAUAAGUGUAUGCAUGGAAUAUUUGAAAUUCAAAGAAGAUGUUUACUAAUAAUUAACAA